GGGACCCGGCGCCGCCUCGGAGCUUAGUGUCUGGCCUUGAAGCCCCUGCGGUCGGCGGCCGCCGGCGUCACUGUCCAGAGGUCAACAUUGGGCUUGUGUUUUGCCACUCACGGUGCCCACAUCUUCUGCCCUCGCCGAGGUCGGGACUGAGAGCCUUGGUUCCCGCGAGUGUCAGCAAGCUGAUUUUUUUGGAGCACUGUUAGAAUUGUUCUAUUUAGAUCAAGAUGUCUAGCAAAGCAAAUGCUUCCAAGAAAAGGUCUCAACAGUUAAAAAGAAAUCCAAAAAGAAAAAUUGAUGAUAAGGAAGUGGAGUUAUCAGAGAAGGAGGUUAAAAACACAGUGAAAAAAAAUAAAAAUCAUCCAAAGCACCUGUCUUCUAAAGGACAGACAGAGCAAACUAGUCUAAAACAGGUAAAGAUAGCAUCCAGCAGAAGGAAAACCUGGCAACCUCUUUCGGAGAGCAGCAGAAAGCAUUUGCAAACUCUGAUGGAAACAGUCAUCAUAGCAAUUUUGAGUAACAAAAGUAGAGAAAAUGAACAAAUUCAAUAUCAUCUCAACUGCCUGAAGAAAAGAUUGCUACAAAUGUUUGAAACCCUAAAAGUCCCUCCCCCAAAACUGAAAGAUUUAACUAACAUGCCAAGUCUACUGAAAAUGGAAAGGGCCCGGCACAGAGCCAAUGAAGAAGGCCUGGCGUCAUUGCAGGGGAGGGAUUACGCAGGGUGUGAACACCAGGAGUCCGGGCAUGGGCCAUUCCAGAAGCUGCCAGGUGUAUUUAGCGUACAGGAAAACAGGCACAUGAUGAAUGAAGAGAAUUCCAAGAUUGAGUAA